CCCAGGCCAGUGCAGCAGCAUGGAGCUGUGGGGGGCCUACCUGCUCCUCUGCCUCUUCUCCCUCUUGACCCAGGUCACCACCGAGCCGCCAACCCCCAAGGUCAAGAAGGCUGCAAACGUCAGGAAAGAUGUCGUGAGUCCAAAGAUGUUUGAGGAGCUUAAGAGCCAGCUGGACAACCUGGCCCAGGAGGUGGCCCUGCUGAAGGAGCAACAGGCCCUGCAGACAGUCUGCCUGAAGGGCACCAAGGUGCACAUGAAGUGCUUCCUGGCCUUCACCCAGGCGAAGACCUUCCACGAGGCGAGCGAGGACUGCAUCUCACGCGGGGGCACGCUGGGCACCCCGCAGACGGGCUCGGAGAACGACGCCCUCUACGAGUACCUGCGCCAGAGUGUGGGCGCCGAGGCCGAGAUCUGGCUGGGCCUCAACGACAUGGCGGCCGAGGGCACCUGGGUGGACAUGACUGGCGGCCACAUCGCCUACAAGAACUGGGAGACGGAGAUCACGGCGCAGCCCGACGGCGGUAAGGUCGAGAACUGCGCCGCCCUGUCCGGCGCGGCCAACGGCAAGUGGUUCGACAAGCGCUGCCGGGACAAGCUGCCCUACAUCUGCCAGUUCGCCAUCGUGUAGCCGACGGCGGGCGGGGGGAGGGGGGUUGCGGGGACCGGGGCGCCCAGCCCGGAUCCCCGGUCGGUGGUGCAAAUAAAGUCGGUACCUCUGGA